AUGCACUUGGCCAAGCUUCUUCUCUUACACAUGGAAUCCUACAAGGAGCUCACUUGCGAGUUCUUAGCUUCAAUGAGCUGGAAUCUUGUUUGGGUUCAACUAUGGAGAGGGACCAAGUGGAACUUCAAGGAAAAGGAACUCCAAAGGGUUUGGGCUACAAUCGCUGAUGGAGUGUACUCUUCCUCAAGGUCCAAGGCAGCUCAGAUCAGGAGCCCAGUCUUGAGAUAUGUGCACAAGGCACUUGCCAACACCUUCUUUGCAAGGAAGGCGACCGGGACAAUCAACGAGGGGGAACUCAAGUUUCUUGACAUGGGAAUCAAGCCCAUUCUCUCACGCACAAGCGAUGGCAAGAGGAUCAGGGGAGAUAGAUCUGACACAGGGAACUUGAUGCCUUUCCUUGACCAUCUCCUACCUACAAGAUCACAGCUUACAACACUAGGCAUCAACGAGGGAGGCUAA